UCCACUGGGGAAGCCAGCGUGCCGACCGGACCCUAUAUCUCCUACCAGACCACCAGCACGCUCGACGAUGAUAUCAACGACAAUCAUCCCGAUGCAACCUCGACUACAACCGGCUCGCUGCUGCCCACGGGCACUCCCGGCAAUGCCAGCAUGUCUGUCGUGAGCACCGAAUCUGAUUCUAUGACCGUCCUCGAGGGCGGCCACCACACCACCACCCUCAUCAACGGCACUGCCACCAGCUCGUCCACUCCCACGCCCUCCUCGUCCCCCGUGGUAAACACGCAACCUUGCAAUGGCUAUGUCGAGUUCUGCGACCGCUCCUACUCCAACAUCACCAAUAUCGUCGCCCACAACAGCCCUUUUGUUCGGCCCGGAAACAUCGCCUCGAACCAGGCGUUGGACUUGGAGGAUCAACUGAACGAUGGAAUCCGCACCAUUCAAUUCCAGACCCAUCUCAUCAACGGAACGCUAUACCUCUGCCACACGAAUUGCGACCUGCUCAACGUCGGUACCUUGGAAGACUACCUGGCGCGCGUGAACCGCUGGAUGCGGAAGAACCCCUACGAGGUCAUCACGAUCUUCAUGGGCAAUUUUGACCUCGUCAACCCGGCCAACUUCUCUGGCCCCAUCGAGCGUUCCGGGCUGAUGGACCUGGUGUGGACGCCGCCCAAGGUCCCCAUGGGCCUGGACGACUGGCCUACCCUCGCCUCCAUGAUCCUUUCCAACAAGCGCGCCAUCUUCACUCUCGAUUACGGCACCAACCAGACCGCGUUCCCCUGGUUGAUGGAUCAGUUCUCCCAGGUCUGGGAGACCCCCUUCUCCCCCACCCACGAGGACUUCCCUUGUACCGUCCAGCGGCCUCCUGGUUUGCCGCCCAAGGAAAUCGCCAACCGCAUGUACAUGGCCAACCACAAUCUCAACUUGCGGGUCGACCUGGGCCUGACGGAUGCGGAGAUUCUGGUCCCCAACAUGGCCUAUUUGGUCGAUACGAACGGCGUUAGCGGAUAUGGCAGCCUGGGGUCGAUGGCGGAGAACUGUACCGAUAAAUGGGGUCGUCCGCCGAACUUCCUGCUGGUCGACUACUACAACUAUGGCAAACCCAACGGAUCGGUUUUCGAAGUCGCAGCCCAGAUGAACAAUGUAACUUACAAGGGGAAUUGUUGCGGCAAGUCAUCG